AUGACGGUUGUCCCAGUUUACCACUUUGAGGUGUGGAGUUUGACAGACACAGGCAAGGUACUAGCCAGGGUGGGUCUAAUGAAGGACACUUAUGAUGGGCAUUAUGGUGUAGGAAACAACAAGAUCUUCAGGAAGAUGAAACCUCUUUUGCUUUCCUCACAGCUUGGGAACAGCAGCAAUGACUCUGGAUCUUGCCUGGGGGAGACCCAGCAUGUGUCCAUGACUGUCUUCCUGUGCCUUGUCUUCUUCCUGGGCUUCCUCCUCAAUAUCUUCAGCUUUUGGGUCUUCUGCUGCUGGUUGCCCUGCUGGACCUCUGGAACUACAUUACAGUUCCACCUGGCUCUCAGCGAUGCCAUUGUGACCCCAGACAUGAUGGCGGUAUACUUUGCCAUGGGCAACAACUGGCCCUUUAGUUGGUUCCUGUGCCAGGUCAAGAUCCCCCUCCUUAGUUCACAUUUCUACGGCAGCACCAUAUUCCUCACUCUCAUCAGCAUCCAUCGGUACACAGCUGUCAUGCACUUCAACAAAAGGUCUUGUAUGAAACGGAAGGAGUUUGUUAAGAAGCUGUGUGCAGGAGUUUGGUCUCUGCUAUUGAUCCAGGGUCUAAGCUAUGCGUUCAUGUUUCCUCCCAGUAAAGAAGGUAGUAACAGUCAAUGCCUCUCCAUCCAUCAGAAGAACCUGACAGACACCUACUUUGUCAUUAACUUUAUCCUGUUCAUCUUUGGGUUCCUACUUCCUUUCCCUCUGGCUGCUUUUUACUAUAGCUGUCUGGCGAACACCUUAACUCACCUCAACAUCAGCACAGCUAAAGGUCUGAAAGUCAAGGUAAAAUCUAAAAGGAUGAAAGGCAAGUGUCUGGUGAUAUUUGGGCUGUGUUUCCUGCCUCUGAACGUGGUACGAACUGUGGAAGUGGCUAAAAAGUACUACCUGCAAAACUGCCAUGUUCUUCUUCAAAUCGAGACGGCAUAUUAUGCAUCUUGGUUUUUAGCAGGAGUGAACAGCUGCCUGGAUCCAUUGUUGUACUGUUUUGGUUCGCAAAAUUUUCAAGACGCAUUCCAGUCUCUCAGUAUUGGGCAGGGAGAUGUUCCAAACAGAACUGAUUCAGAAAUGACUGCAAAUCAGUAA